UCAUCGUUGAAUUUGUUCAGUUGCUUACGUAUUAUUGGGCGGAUACGUUGAUUUGUAAAAGUGUCGUAGUUAAUGAUGUAUUUUGUGACUUUAUGUUAAAGAUGGAUUCAUUCUUUUCAAUUUAUAUGUGCAAAUUUGAGAGUCAUAAGAUGUUAUUGAGGACUAAAUUUAACUCCAAACAAACAAUUUUUUGUCAUUAAAAUUUAAUUUUAUGCAUAACUUCUUCUACUAAAUAUUUCUUUGAUUAUUCAUGUGUCGAACUACACCAAACAUCAACUUGAAAACAACGUAAUGAUUUUGGGUUGGUUUAUUGCGCAUCUAUAUCGAUGAACUGAUUUUCUUUCAUGAACGGAACAUAAAUCAGUCGUUUUAAAAGGAAAAAAACCAUUGUAAGUAAUAAAACUAAGAUUUCAAUUUGUUAGGGAUUCACUACUCGAUUCACCGUUGUAGAUCAAAACACAUUAUCCUUGAAGACAGUCUCGCAAAUUGUAAGCUCAGUCAGCAAAGAAACUAUGGCUACAGAUCACACGUAUGGUGGAUAUGAACAGGAAAGAUUUGUUGAUGAAGUUCAUUCAAGAUUUGAAUGUCCUAUAUGUUUUAAAAUAUUUAAAGAUCCUGUUCAAUGUCCAUACGAGCAUUAUUUCUGUCGUUCUUGUAUCGAAAGAUGUUUGCUUUCUUCUAACAAAUGUCCUCAAUGUCAAUGUGAUCUCGUAUCGGAGACGUUUACAGAUAUACCGAGAAUUGUCACCGAAAUGUUAGAAGAUCUUGAUAUUCGCUGUAAGAAUGCUAACCGUGGUUGUCCUGAAGUGGUGAAGCUUCAAUUUCUCCAACGUCAUGAGGAGAACUGUGGUUAUUCACCUACACCUUGUAGAAAUGAAGGUUGUGACGAAGUCCUUAAUAAAAACGAGAUUGAAGAACAUGAAAGAGAACGAUGCAAAUUCCGUGUCAUCACCUGUGAAAAGUGCCAAAUGACUUUUGACGUCAAUUCAAUGCGUUCACAUCCAUGUUUCAUGCGGCAGGAAAUUGACGAGUUGACGAAAAAAUUGAAUAUGAUUCAAAAUCAAUUAAACAUCACUAAAGAUCAUGUCAUAAACAACGAAAUGCAAGUGAAGUUGACUCGAAAUGAAAUGGUAUUUCUUGCUGUAGAAACGUCUAAAAGGUGCAAUUUUCUUACUGGAAAAACAAAGAUUUUUGUUUGUGGAGGUUUUGAUGGUGAGAGCAAUCUUGAUACUGUCGAGUCUUUCAACUGGGAUCUAAAUUGCUGGCAACAGGAACCAAAAAUGAAAGGAAAACGAUUUGCAGGAGCUGCAUUUGUUCAUGGUCGAGAUAUAUUCGUCAGUGGUGGUUGGAAUGGCGAGCGAUUCUUAGCAAAUAUGGAAAGUUUAAAUGUGGAUGGAAAAUCAGAAUGGAAAAUGUGUAAUAUUAUCAUGGAAAUACAAUGUCGAGGACAUAGUAUUGUUUAUCAUGAUAACAGUGCAAUUACGAGUGGUGGAGUAGUUAGUUACGACCCUGUCCAUGUUUCUGAUGCGAUCUACAGUCUUCAACUAAAUCCUCCACAUACUACAAAAUUAUUGGUGCACAUGCCAGAACCGAGAUGUAACCAUGGAACACUAAUCAUUGACAACGAGGUUUUGGUUAUUGGUGGGAGAACAUCAAGUCUCGUGACGGACAUCAAAAACACUGUUUAUUCAUUCAGUCUUAGUGAAAAGGAAUGUAAAACCUUGGCUCCACUUCCAUAUCCUUUGAGUAACAUGGGUAUAGUAAGUUAUAGAGGUAAUGCAGUCUUGAUUGGAGGUUUAAAUGAUAAAGGUGAAAUAUUGGAUAAAGUUUCGAUGUAUGAUGUGAAAACAGGACAAACUAAAAUGCUUCCUUCACUUAAUCAUAAAAGAUGUGCAUGUUCAGCAGUCAUCGUUGGAAAUGUUAUUGUUGUGGUUGGUGGGUGUGACGAUGAAUCAUUUCUCGAUUCUGUUGAAUGUCUUGAUAUGACUACAAACGUCUGGAGAGAACUGCCUCCUAUGUUGACCAAACGAAGUUGUCCUGCCGCAGUUGUUUCUCCAAUUUAUUAAUUUUUCAAUAAAACUAAAACAGUUUAACAUUUGAACUUUAAACAUUUAUUGAUCUGUAAAUAUUUAUUAAAUAAAGUACUAUGUUGCUCCUCUUUA